AUGAAGCUCCACUGGCUGCUUUUGGCAGUCGUCCUAGUCUGCGCCGUCAACCACAGCCACACCACCUCCACAGGUUCCACCACCAGCACGGAGGCCUCCUCCUCCUCCUCCGAUUCGACCACAUCCACCGAGUCCUCCACCUCCACCACCGCCGCCUCCUCCUCGUCCUCCGAUACCACCGAGGCCAGCACCAGCAGCGACUCGGCCACCAGUUCCAGCUCCAGCUCCAGUUCCAGUUCCACUUCCAGCACCACUAGCAAGAAGAAGUCCGCCGCCGCCAAGAGGAAGGCCCGUGCCGCCAGGAGGCGUGCCGCCAGGAAGCGCAGGGCCCGUGCCGCCAGGAGGCGUGCCGCCAAGCGCAGGCGCAACAGGGGUUAA